CUCACCGGAAAUAUGAAUCACCUACUCGGGAAUGACGAACUCACGCACGACUUUAGGGGUCUAUAAAAGCUACGGUGGCGAGGACCGUCUCGCCAAAAGCUACAAACAUUGCGUUCAUGCUUUAGAACAAACUGCCAGCGUUGAGUUGAACAGAUAUGUGCGCAAUGGGGAGGUCCGUCAGAUCCGUCUUGGUGUUUGUGAGUGUCAUCAUACUCAUCUCCUGCCAUCCGUCAGACGCCUGGUACAAGCAGUCAGCCAGCCCGAGUUACUACUCCGUCGGUAGAGCCUCGGGCUUGCUGUCCGGCAUCCGACGGUCGCCUUACGUCCGGCGAUCCGACACGGACUCAUUACUGGACAGCGGUGAGAUGGGGACAACCGGGAACAACGCAACGCCUGAUCUUUCCAGCCGACAGACCCCCGUCCUUAAAAAUAUGGCUAUUUGUGUUAAGGACGUUUCUCCGAACCUGCAAAGCUGCGAGCUAAUUCAAGACGGGUCGAGCACAUUCCGCUGCAAAGCGGACGUGCUCCUCUCACUCGACUCCCUGGACUGCCUGGUGGCGUGAGUGGCGCGCACUGCCCCCCUCUCUGUGCACCGAAACACCUACUGCUAACGAGGACAGCGAAGACAGCACCGCGGACUGGUGAUACUGAAUGUCUACUUAUUUAACACGAUAUGAAUUAAAUUAGAUGCUCACAAUACGAAGGAAAAAACAAAAAACAAAAAAAAAACGACCACGUCGACAAAACCAAGUGUUGUGCCAGAGAAAAUUUUGUUCAUCCGCCCCUGCUGUACCCAUCUUCAAAAUGUAUUAAAUGUUGAAGGAUUGUUUACUGCCGAGUCUCUCAAAGAUCUUUCCUUAUUUUA